UGACUGACGAUGACGUCAAACAGGCGGGAUAUCCGCAUUAGUAAGCUAGCUAAUAACAUGGCGAAGACUUACGACUACUUGUUUAAACUACUUUUAAUCGGUGAUUCCGGGGUCGGGAAGACGUGUGUGCUUUUCAGAUUCUCAGAGGACGCCUUCAACUCUACGUUUAUCUCCACUAUAGGUAUUGACUUCAAGAUAAGAACAAUAGAAUUAGAUGGCAAGAAGAUUAAGCUACAGAUAUGGGAUACAGCGGGACAGGAGAGGUUCAGGACCAUCACAACAGCCUACUACAGAGGAGCCAUGGGCAUCAUGCUCGUGUACGACAUCACCAACGAGAAGUCCUUUGACAACAUCAAGAACUGGAUACGAAACAUAGAGGAGCACGCCUCUGCAGAUGUGGAGAGGAUGGUCCUUGGGAACAAAUGUGACGUCAAUGAAAAGCGUCAGGUGUCCAGAGAAAGAGGAGAGAAGCUGGCUUUAGAGUAUGGUAUCAAGUUCAUGGAGACCAGUGCAAAGGCCAACAUCAACGUGGAGAACGCUUUCCUAUCCCUGGCCAGAGAUAUCAAAGCCAAGAUGGACAAGAAGCUGGAAGGCAACAGCCCACAAGGCAGCAGUCAAGGAGUCAAGAUUACAGAACAGCCCAAGAAAAGUAGUUUCUUCCGCUGCUCGCUCCUGUGAAGGAAGCGCGCUGUGUCUGCAUCCACCAUCGCCUUAACUUUUGUCCACCACUGGACACAACUGGACAAAAAAUGUCUUAACUUGUCUUCCUCCCACUCAGCUGGCUGUCCUGUGUUGCCUUUGUUCAGCAGUUGUUCUGUUACAUCCAUAUCUCCUGUAUGGUGCUCACCUCCAUUUUAUUCUUUUUUUUUUAACUCCCAACGCGCUUAGCUUUACCUUACUCAGCAUCUUUUAGCAGCCCAAAGUCAGCUCAUCUACUCUUUAGUACAGCCCUCUAUGUGGACAAGCUGUCCACAUCCGUGUAGACGACCUGUCCACAUGGAGGUGGCAUCAGCAUGGCUUCAUCAUACUAAAAAGUGAUUUCUAUGCAGGAUGUGCUUUCCCUCCAUUAUCAUCAUCAUCUUCCAAAGCACAAGAUAAGAUGGCGUGUGAAAGGAAAGCAUGGCAGUAUUAAGACGUUUGUCUUUUGAAGAAAGCUUUAUUGUCAUUAUAGCCAACCAAAUGACCAACCUUUAGUCAUCCUCUGUGAUCAGCCAUUCUUUCGUCCCAAGUAAAUGUCCACUGAAAGGGCUUCCACUGUACACGUCCAAUCACAUCAUUUCAGCAAAGUGCUGCCUCGGUGGUUGCAGUUCCCAUGUGCAACAAAUGCAAUUAAUGUAUAGAAAGACUGGGGCUCAUACGCCUUUGGAGUUCCAUUGAUGGUGUGUGGAAUAUUGAUCCAGCCUUGGACGGCCUGUAGCAGUAGAAGACAUCUGCCCCAAAAUGACUUAAGUGGCCUUUUAUCUUCUUUCUAUUGAUCAUGCACUUUUUCAUCAUGACCAAAUCUGUGUUUGCCGAAAGUCCACCGUCAUGCAUGCUUUCCACAGCGGAGCACUGAAAUGAAGAUGAAGAUGGCGUGUUGAAGCUUUCCCUCAGCGGGUGGGUGAAACGCCGCCGUCUGAACCCUGCAUUGGGGAUGCAUGUUGGCUUUCUUUCACAUUCUUGUCAUUCCAAAUGUGAUCACAUCACCUCCUCUUGUUGUAAAGCUGUGGAUGGAAAUGGACUUCUAGAUGUUUUCCAUCAUUCCAGCAAUUGUAAAUAAGAUCUACUUUCAUAAAUCGUAUUGACUACACACUUGCUGUAGCUCAUGUGGUUGAUUUAUUAAAUGAUGGGAUUAAAAAUGUUACAAGUG